AUGGACGAACCUAACCUCCGUCGUCGCCGCCAAAGGCAACCAUCCCCGCCACCAGCUAAUCCUCAUAACGAUGAACAACCCGAUUCAAUCAUCCCAAUAUUAACCGUCAUCGCCGCCAUCUGCAUCAUCCUCUUCUACCUUAACUACAAACCCAAUAACCCCACUCUCUCCAUCACCGACAUCAAAAUCCCAACCUUCAUUGGAUCCUCCAGUGGGUCCACCGUCGCCUUAUCCGUUUCCUUUUUCGGGUUCGUCGCAAACCCGACCCGCUCAGUCUUCUCUUACUCUAGUAGCUCUGCCAACCUCUUCUACUCCGGUCAACUUGUUGGGUCCAUGGUCAUCCCGGGAAGACGUGUCGCCUCCGGAAUGGAGAACGUGAUGGAGGUGACUGUAAAUGUGAACUCGAUUCCGGUUACGGAGGUCGGGUAUACCCGGUCGAUGUUCGGGUUAAGGAUGGGGAAGCCGACGAUGGAGCUGGAAUUGAUGAUCAAGUUAGUUGGGAAGACAACCGUUUUCGGGUAUUUCAAUCGUCAUGUUGAGUGUUAUGCUGAAUGUGUUGUUUCCGUCGUUAUUUCAGAUGGAACUUUGCAUCACAUUGAUUGCUACUACGACUAG